CCUCUAAAGCUCCCGUUUCCCCUUCUGUACCCCCAUUUCUCCUCCCUCCCCUCCCUCAAUGGUAGUUGAAGCACACCAACGUCUACCAUACUUCCCCCAGCUCCACUUUGACCGAGAGAUAAUAAAAGUGGUUGAUUCCCAACCGCCGGAGCUCGGCGAUGCUUUUAUCUCCACUGCAGCGACUGUUUCCAUGAAACGGCAGGGAGAAGCGCUCACAUUUCAUCGAGAUGACAUCUUCUCCUAUGUCCACCAUAAUAUGCUCGACCUUGACCGUCUUCUUAAUGAUCACAACGAAAGAGUUCGACUUGAACUAGCGGAACGGAGGCGUCUGUUCACCCAGCAGCUAAUGGCAGCUGUGGAAAAAGGCAUGUUGAAGCAACUAAAGGCGAAGGAUUACGAGAUCGAACGAGCCAACAAAAUUAAUUUGGAAUUAGAACAAAAAGUUCGCAGUCUCUCCUUGGAGAUUCAAAUAUGGCGAGAACUUGCUCAAACCAACGAGACUAACGCCAAUGUCCUCCGAAUCAAUCUCGAGCAAGAACUGAUCGCCACGCAGCUUCGUCUGAAGGAGCAGCAGCGGUCGUGUACGGAGUCAAGAGCCAUAGUUGAUGAUGCCGAGUCCUAUUGCUGUGGGGAGAGCGAUGGAAUGGUGUCAGUUUUUAGACCAAUGAGGUCUUGCUGGAGUUGCACGCUGGAGGAGGCGACGGUGUUGAUGUUGCCUUGUCGUCAUCUUUGUCUCUGUGUGGAUUGUGGUCGUGGCUGUAAUUUCUGCCCUGUUUGUAAAUGCUCGAAGGCUGGUAGCGUUAAUAUAAAUUUAUCUUGAAUUAUUUUUUAACUGAGAAAAAACAGGAAGUAAGACGACUUUUUUUUUUCUUUUUUUAUUUAUAACCUCCUAAUACGAGUGGUAACCGUAAUUAAAUCGAGUUAAUCUGUUCUUAUCUUUGAUUAGUUAUUUUUA